CGUAGUGCGCUGCCUUCUUCACUCAAGCAGGGACCGAGGACGUCUGAGGGGCGCGCGAUGCUGGCGACGCUGGCGAGGGUCGCGGCUCUGCGGAGAACCGGCCUUGUCUCCCGCCGGGGCGGCGGGAGGGGGUUGUGGACCGGCCGCCCGCAGUCAGGUACUGACAAUAUGAAGCCAUUGGAGGGUGUAAAAAUUCUGGAUCUAACAAGAGUCCUGGCGGGACCUUACGCUACUAUGAAUUUAGGAGAUCUUGGAGCAGAAGUUAUAAAAGUGGAAAGACCAGGAACUGGUGAUGAUACACGAACUUGGGGGCCACCUUUCGUGGGGACAGAAAGUACUUAUUUUCUCAGUGUUAACCGAAAUAAAAAAAGUAUAGCUGUUAACAUCAAGGAUCCAAAAGGGGUGAAAGUUAUCAAAGAGCUUGCAGCUGUCUGUGAUGUAUUUGUGGAGAACUACGUCCCUGGCAAACUGUCUGCAAUGGGCCUGGGAUAUGAAGACAUAGACAAGAUUGCUCCUCAUAUUGUCUAUUGUUCCAUCACAGGGUAUGGUCGGACAGGUCCGCUGUCUCAGCGCGCUGGCUAUGAUGCUGUUGCCUGUGCUGUCUCUGGGCUAAUGCACAUCACAGGGCCCGAGGAUGGAGAUCCAGUUCGUCCAGGAGUGGCCAUGACUGAUCUUGCCACUGGCCUUUAUGCAUAUGGAGCCAUUAUGGCUGGAUUGAUACACAGAUAUAAAACUGGAAGAGGACUGUUCAUUGAUUGUAACCUACUGUCAUCCCAGGUGGCAUGUUUGACCCAGGUAGCUGCUAAUUAUCUUACUGGCCAGCAGGAAGCAAAACGCUGGGGUACCGCUCAUGGCAGCAUUGUUCCUUACCAGGCUUUUAAAACCAAGGAUGGAUAUCUUGUAGUUGGAGCAGGAAAUAACCAACAGUUUGCUACUGUGUGCAAGAUCUUGAAUUUGCCUGAGCUGAUUGAUGAUUCCAUGUAUAGAACUAACCACCUUCGGGUACAGAACAGAAAAGAGCUUAUUAAAAUACUGUCUACACGGUUUGAGGAAGAAACGACCAGCGAGUGGCUAUACCUUUUUGAAGGCAGUGGAGUCCCGUAUGGCCCAAUUAACAACAUGAAGAAUGUGUUUGCAGAACCCCAGGUGUUACACAAUGGCCUCAUCAUGGAGAUGAAGCAUCCAACUGCGGGGAAGAUAUCAGUCCCAGGCCCAGCUGUGAGAUACAGUAAGUUCAAGAUGUCAGAGGCCAGGCCGCCUCCCCUGCUCGGCCAGCACACGACGCACAUCCUGAAGGAGGUCCUCAGAUAUGACGAUGAGGCCAUCGGGGAGCUGCUCAGCGCGGCCGUGGUGACCCAGCACAAGGCUGAGUGACAGAGGACGGCGCUCUUUUUUCAAAACCACAAUCGGAAUGCAUCUUGCCAGCAAAGGGCCUAGUCUUUCUGGACCCGUCUCCCCAGUUCCGGCACCUACCACUGAAGAGUUAGAGGAAUUCCAGGUUUCCUGCCUGGCGUCUCCAGAACGGCUCUGGUAUCAAUGAAUCUAGUGUUUUCUAAAUGUACCCCACCUUUUAUUCCUUACCACUUCUCCCCCAGAUAAUAGAUUAAUAGUGGUUCUGUGGAUUUUUUUCUGUUCUUUUUUUUUUUUUUUUUUUUUGGUAAAGAUGUUUUUCUCCCUGGAAAAAUAGCAUUCCUCAUUCUAAUUACGUUAACAGCCUAAACGUUUGCCCCUCCAGCCCACGCAGGUCUGAAAAAGAGCAGAUCUCUUGACAUUCUUUACUUACACAUGAAGUCCUCAUUUAAACCUUUGUUAGGAAGUCAAAGCAGUAAGCAGGAUGACAGCCUCAGUGAUUGAUUUUAAACAGAAUAACUUAAUUUUGAGCUUAUGAACCCUUUGUUAAUCUGUAAUUUAAACCCUGGACUUUGUUAAUGUCCAUUAUAAAACUGAGCUCCAUUCUCCCCCACGGGGGUAAAUAUUUGCUUUAUGUUGUAUUUCUUUGAUUAUUUCAUAAUACCUGGCAGGAAAUCAGUGUCUACCAAUAGAUUUUGGGAUGUAGGUAUCUGCAUGAGGAGGGUGAAAGGUGGUUCUUCAAAUGGUACCUUAUUUUGAGCCAAAUGUAAAUGCAGCAGGUUUUUAAAUGAAGGCCAGAUUAUCUAGGUAUAAAUAAUGACAAAUAGGAGAAUGAAAGGAAAAUAUUUCUUUGUGAUCUGAGUAUCCACUGAAGAAGAAUAUAUCAUGCCUCAGUAUUAGGUAUUUGCAUUUAAGUAUUUAAGUAUUUAUCAGUGAAUUCGAAGUAUAGAAACAUCUUGUGUCCAGAAAGUGGUAACUGAUUUGCAUGUAUAUUCCAGGAUGAAUUGCACUCAGACUGCCAAUCACCCAUGCCAAAGUACAGAGCAAGGAAUCAGAGGAUCAAUAUUCUGAUAUGAUCUCAAUUCCCACCCUUAGGUACCGAUAUUUUAAAGCCACGUCAUUACAUGCCAAGUGGUCGCUGAAAGUUAAAUUACAGAUGUUCAUUUUUCAAACUGUGAUUUCCAGCUAGUUUUCAUAUUGUGUUCUUUUUUAUUGGAAGGGUUUGAGUCAUUUAUCCAUGCUGUAAACCCCAACGUGUUCCUAGAAUCAAGGAUUCCAAAUAAAUAGGAAAUCUGUCUUCCCACAAGGCCUCAUGGGACUUUUUAGAAGAAUGCCUACUGAUUCUUGAAGCAUGCAUUGUCCUGCCUGCUUUCCUCUUUGUGGACAUCUAAUUCUGAAGCUCUCCUGCUGUUACUCCACUAGUUAGCAUUUCAUCAUGCAAGGGUAAUUUGAUGCCUUCUGCAAUACUUUUCCCCCAAUGGUUAAUUCAUAGAUAUAUAUAUUUGGAGACAUCCACUUUAGGCCAGACAUCUAAAUGAAAUUCUUCCAUGUAUAUACAAUUAGUAAUGAAAAUGGUAAAAAGCUGGAUGACAGAGAAUUGGCAAAACCACCCAUCCUGAAAGACAGAUCCACCAUUUCUCCUACUGAUCCAAGUAGACGUCUUGAAAUACAAAUGACGUGGUUACUGGGCAGUAACCCGAAAUACCUGGGUAACCGUAUGUAGGGCGACAUCGAUCAUUCAGAGAGGCUCAUAAAAUGCCUCUAAGACCUGAAAAUCAAUCAAGACUGAAGUCUUCAUCCAUCGCAGAGUCGCCAUUGGAGGCCGUCUCCAGGGCAGUCGUGGAUGUGGCUGUCCAGAUUUCCACCUCCACAACCCAGAAUGCUCCAGGACAACUUUGGACUUACUCAUCACCCAACAAAAAGCAUUUCCUCUACUGAUUCAGUGAGAGAAAUCACUUAGAAUAACUUUCAAGUUCAGAUAGGUCCUGCAGGAAACACUGUACUUGCUAAAAUUUCUAGCAGUAUGCCCCAGAUCAAGUUAUGCCUGUAAACAGUGUGCUGUUUUAAUCAUCCAGGCCUAUUAAUCUUACACAUUUCCAAAGCUGAAGUCCUACUAAGAUAUCAUAUGCUCCGGUUCACUUUGUGUGAAGGCCUGCCUUCGGGCAGGUUUGUGUCUGAGGUUGGCCUAGAAAGUUCUUUGAAACUUCGUGGGUUAAUCAUUAUGGAAUUGAGGGUGUGUCCAUAAGCAGCUAGGUUUCCUUCCCUUGAUUUUUUUCCUUAAAUUUUCUGCUGUCAUGAUUUUCUGGUUAAUCAAGCAUGGUAUUUUCCAGCGUGCAGUCUGAUAUGCUGAAGGUUUCCCUAGAAGAAGAGAAAUGAACAUUGACCAGGCUUGUGUGACUCCUCCCCAUUACUCAGUGUUCUUUUGUGUUCAGUCCAUCUACUGGGAGUUACAAGAACAAUCCUGAUUUAAAAAAAAAAAAAAGAGGUCUCACACAGGCUAUUUCACACAAGGUCAUUAGGCUACCCACCCUAGAUAAGCCCCACAAAGAGGGGCUUUUAAAUGAGACUUCAAGACCCCUGCUUUCAAGCCUUCUUCAGGGAAUUCACACCCAUUCGUAUCUCACCUGAAUUUGAUAUCUCACCACCCACUCUUUCAUCCCAUGAUGUUGGCAUGUUGUCUACUUGAAAUGUAGAAAAAAUGAGAAAGAAAAAAAAAAAAAAAAAAACCACCAGCCA